AAGGAAGACGUUUAGAAAACUCACAAGAGUAAUGACUGGUACCCCAUGGAGUUGGACUUGGAGCCAUCUCGAUCUCUCAUCCUUUCAUUUUACUUCUUCUUUUUCUUAUUAUUAACACUAUUAUCUCAUCGCCAUUCUCCACUCCACACGUUCCUUUUCUUCUGAGUUCUUUCAUCACCAAUCAACACCAUGGCAGCCACGCUCACCCUUCUCAACCUCCCCGUUCUUCCUCAAAAGCCAAACCCAUCUAUCUCUAUCUCUAAUAAUCCCACCAAACUUCUGAUCCCCCAAUCCCAAUCUCAUACCAAACUCUCCUCUACUAACUCACAAAUAUUCAUCAAUGAAGCUUUUGCCCACCUACAGUCUGCUUCUCUUCCCCUUACAGCACUCACAUUACCCUUCUUCUUUGACCCUCAGAAUGCAGCAGCUGCAGGUGGGCAAUUCGGAAUAUUGGAGGGAAGGUCAUUUGCUCUGGUUCACCCCAUUGUGAUGGGUGGUUUGUUCGUGUACACGCUAUGGGCAGGCUACUUGGGUUGGCAAUGGAGGCGAGUUAGGACCAUUCAGAAUGAAAUUAAUGAGCUGAAGAAGCAAGUUAAGCCUGUACCAGUUACUCCAGAAGGGAAACCUGUGGAAGCACCACCAUCUCCCGUUGACCUUAAAAUUCAGCAACUAACAGAGGAGAGGAAGGAGUUGUUAAAAGGGUCUUACAGGGAUAGACACUUCAAUGCAGGCUCCAUACUUUUAGGAUUCGGAGUCCUUGAGGCUGUAGGUGGAUGUCUCAACACAUGGUUGAGAACAGGAAAGCUAUUCCCGGGGCCUCAUUUGUUUGCAGGAGCAGGCAUCACAGUUUUGUGGGCAGCCGCAGCCGCCCUUGUACCUGCAAUGCAAAAGGGAAAUGAUACAGCAAGAAAUCUUCACAUUGCUUUAAACGCAGCAAAUGUUCUGCUUUUUGUAUGGCAAAUACCCACUGGACUUGAUAUUGUCCUUAAGGUGUUUGAAUUCACUACUUGGCCUUAAGCUGCACAUAGUUCAAAGAGAGUUGUAUACUUAUAUGUGCUUCACCUAUUGCUGCAACUGCGCCAUCUUCAGUUUCUGAAGUUCUAUUACUACAUAAAUAUUUUUUUCUUCAUGUAACAUCUUCAGUUUCAAGCUGGUAUUAGUUGAUUGUAUAUGUUUAUUUGAUAAUGAUGUUGUAGAAUGAUAACAUUCCAUUCGAAAUUCAUUUUCUUAAUUGGCAGUA